CAGGUGUUCCUAACAAUUCUUUAGGUGAGUGUAUAUUAUAUGCUUGUAUCUUUUAUCUUGCAGAGAAUGGUAAAGAAGGGGUAUGACCGUACCAGGCGGCAUGACUCAAAAAAAGAAAUAGUUCGCAGCAUACAACAAAUGCUGAGAGAAAAAUUCGCCCGCGAGCACUCUGAAAGUGCAAUAGUAAAGAGGUGGUCGGACCUAAAAAGGCGAGACCCAGAAUUCGUCAGAGAAAUAUCUGAAAGAGUCUGCCCCGGCCAGCCUGUUCCAACAGUGCGCUCAACACCUGCGCACCGGGAUAUCCACGUGGUGGAGGUCUCUGAGGAGGAGGAAGAGGAGGCAGGCCCCCCCACCGCGAUGGAGACGAGCGACACUGCUCCCCCAGAUGUCGCCGAACAUGUGGAGGUGGAGGUGGAGGAGGAAGGCGGUCCCUCUCAACCCCACACCUCACCGGCUGCCGCAAUACCUCCGGCCGAGGUGACCGAGGAGGAGGAGGAGCAAGAGGUGGCCGCACAGUCAGAGGAGGAGGAGGAGCUUGUUACCACCCCACAGCAGGAGGUGGUUUCUCCUAAGCGACAGGUGCAUGGAGGAGUAGAGUUGGCCCUCUGCUGUGAAAGAAGCUGGAGGUUCAAGAAGAUUCAGUUACUGAAAUCUCCAAUCAACACUUCCCAAAACCACACGAGCAACCAAAGCUUCAGGAUUAAACCAUUUCUUAAGCAGUUUGAAGAAAAAAGAAAUGCCUGA